AUGCUAUGCUCAUUAACGGCACGUCAUGCUCUAUAUAGAUGGCAAAGCAGUAGCAGGUUAUGUGAAAGACUGAAUGCGUCCACUACUCGAAAUUUCUCACUAACAGCAUGUAGGCUAACGUCAAAAGAGGAAACACAACUUAUCGGAAAGCCAUACUACAUCACCACUCCAAUCUUUUACGUAAAUGCGGUACCGCAUAUAGGACAUUUACAAAGUAUGGUAUUGGCUGAUGUGUUGGCCAAAUGGAAUCAAUGGAGACAUAAAGGUUGGUCACCUUCAAAAAUCUUGGAAGCACCAGAAAACACAGGUACAGCAAAAGUAAUAUUUGCGACUGGAACAGACGAACAUGGUGGAAAGAUACAAAAAGCGGCGGAAAAGUUGGGCGAAUCUCCAAGACAGCUUUGUGAUCGGGUCAGUAAGCGAUUCAAUGAUUUAGCAGAUGCGGCGGGUGUUGAAUAUACCCGAUUCAUUCGGACGACUGAUACGGAUCAUAUAGAGACAGUAAAGACACUUUGGGAUCAGCUGCUCCGGGACGGGUUCAUAUACAAAGGUACGCACAGUGGUUGGUACAGUGUUGUAGAUGAAGCAUUCUAUACACAAACUCAAGUGAAACAGAGCGAAGAGGAUAGCAAAUUGAUGGUAUCGAUAGAAACAGGCAAUGUGGUGGAAUGGACGGAAGAGGAGAACUUCAAAUUUCGCCUGUCCCUCUUUGAAGAACCUAUUCGGACAUGGCUAAAGGGUCAUUCGGCACGUAUCGUCCCAUAUACACGCUAUCAAGCGACAUUGCAAGAAUUGGAUGAAGGCCUACAAGAUUUGAGCAUUUCUCGACCCAAGUCGCGACUACAAUGGGGAAUAGAGGUGCCCAACGAUUCAGAACAGACAAUGUACGUUUGGUUUGAUGCAUUGCUGAACUAUGUUACCGUUUCUGGAUAUCCUUGGAACGGAGCAAAAGCGGGUGGAGAAGAGGUCUUGGGAAGUUGGCCGGCCGAUACACAGAUCGUAGGCAAGGAUAUCAUUCGUUUCCAUGCGAUUUACUUUCCCGCUUUUCUCAUGGCUCUUGGUCUUCCAUUGCCACGUCAAUUGGUCACACAUGGUCAUUGGACGGUAAACAUGAGUAAGAUGUCCAAAUCAAAAGGAAAUGCAGUGAAUCCGUUCAUUGCACUCAAAACUGUUGGCGUGGAAGAAUUGCGUUUUUUCUUGACUCGAGUUGGUGGUAAUCUGGGCAAGGAUGUUAAUUGGAAUGAUGAAACUCUUGUUGAAUUUCGCAAAAAGCACUUGCAAAGCAAUUACGGAAACCUCUUGUCUCGUGUCUUGGCACCCACGCUAUUGCAAAGGCUUAUUCCUGAAGGCAAAGAUGAAGUGACAAUCUCUGCACCAGAACUACUUCACCUCAAGGAUCAAGAACAUUUGCGACUUCUUUCGCCUUUAGCAGAUACAGUUGAUAUCAAUAUGGCCCAAUUCGAAAUCAGCAAGGCACUAAGUGCAAUUUUGCAUAUGCUUGAAAGCAGUCAGAGGCAUUGGCAUAGCAUUGAACCUUGGAAGAAAUCAAUACGGGAUGAUGAAACAAAUUUAUGGCGAGCAGUUUAUCUUACUAUGGAAUCUUUAAGAAUCGCCGCUUUGCUCUCUAAAUCGGUCAUGCCAAACAAGAUGAACGAAAUGUUGGACCUUUUAGGUAUUCCCAAAGAUGAACGUUCAUUCGAGCAUGCCAAAGAACUACGUAAAGAAAUCACUCUAUGCCGAUCUUCUAAGAAAGUGCAACCACUCUUUCCAGGCUUAAGUACAACGGCUAAAACAGUCGUCCAGAAGGGUGCGAAAGCGGCUAAGUUGUAA